GGAGCGGCCGCUCUGGCCGGCGGACUCGUUGGCGUGGAGUCCCGGAAGCGGAGCGGCGAUGGCGGAGAGUCCGACUGAGGAGGCGGCGACUGCCGGGGCCGAGGCUGCGGGGACCCCGGGCCCGGGCGCGGGCGGCGGCGGCAGCGGCGGCUUCGGGCCGCCCUUCCUACCCGACAUGUGGGCGGCGGCGGCGGCGGCGGGCGGCACGGGCGGGCCGGGGGGAGGCCUGGCCCCGCUGCCCGGGCUCCCGCCCUCGGCCGCUGCCCACGGGGCCGCGCUGCUCAGUCACUCGGCCUUCUGGGACCCGACGCUGAGCUCGGACUGGGACAGCGAGCGCGCCGCGCCGCAGUGCCUGCUGCGGAUCAAGCGGGACAUCAUGUCCAUUUAUAAGGAGCCGCCACCGGGAAUGUUUGUUGUGCCUGAUCCCCUUGACAUGACAAAGAUUCAUGCAUUGAUCACAGGCCCAUUUGACACUCCUUAUGAAGGGGGUUUCUUCUUGUUCGUGUUUCGCUGUCCUCCAGAUUAUCCUAUCCACCCACCAAGGGUCAAACUGAUGACAACGGGCAAUAACACAGUGAGGUUUAACCCCAACUUCUACCGCAAUGGGAAAGUCUGCCUGAGUAUUCUGGGUACUUGGACUGGCCCUGCCUGGAGCCCAGCCCAGAGUAUCUCCUCCGUGCUUAUCUCCAUCCAGUCACUAAUGACUGAAAACCCCUACCACAAUGAGCCUGGCUUUGAGCAGGAGAGACACCCAGGAGACAGCAAAAACUACAAUGAGUGUAUCCGGCAUGAGACCAUCAGAGUGGCAGUCUGUGACAUGCUGGAGGGAAAAUGUCCCUGCCCUGAGCCCCUAAGGGGCGUGAUGGAGAAAUCCUUUAUGGAGUAUUAUGACUUCUAUGAGGUGGUGUGCAAAGACCGACUACACCUCCAAGGCCAGACAAUGCAGGAUCCUUUUGGGGAGAAGCGAGGCCACUUUGACUACCAGUCUCUCCUGAUUCGCCUCGGGGCAAUUCGUCUGAAGGUGCAGGAGAAACAUCAGCAGGACAGUGCUGAAAUAGACUCUGAUAGCAGUUCAUCUGAAACAGAGACAGAUACGCAGGGGAGCUCAAGGGCCUAGAUGCCUCCCACCCCAUCCUUGGGAUGGAGCAGCACCACAUCUCCCUCCAGCCCCAACAGCAUCCUGCCUGAGGCAAGAACCAAGGACACUCGGACCCCAGGGUGGGAGUGGGCUGUUGUUUGCAACCUUCUUGGCAUCCUGGUACCAAGGACCAUUUUCAUCCCAUGCCUAGGGCCAAUCCCAAGGUACUGAUACAGGAGAGCCUGGAGCAUGGUUCUCUGGCAAAAAAACUGAUGGACAUUUCCACUGGGGCAGUUUGUUGGGGAUAGAAGGCAAAGACUGCAACUCCCAGAGGGGGUUGCUCAGAAUAGUCAAUGGGGAUACCAGGAGGGGGGCAGGGUCUAGGGAGUGGGGAGGGAGGGAAACGGGGAGGGUGUCACAUGACCUGUCCAGGUGUUUGUCUGGGUGUCUGUCUUUCAGUCUUGAAGCUGGGCGUUCCCCUUGCUUAACCUAGCCCAGCCUAGUGUAAUCUCCUGGACCUCAUUUCCUGUCUGCCACCAUAAUUUUCUUUUCCCUAAUAUAUAGUCACUGUUCUAGACAGACCAAAGAGAAGGAACAGUGGUGGAGUCUGGGCUACUGGUCAGAAAGCUUUACCUAGCACCCAAGCACCUUUCUCUCCUGCCUCUUCCCUACUCCCUUCUGCUGCCAUUAGAUGGAGAUUUGAUUGAGACCAACGAGAGGUCUUUGCAAGUCCAGCGCAGGCGCCGUGGAAACUGAAAAUACUAUUUGUUCCCACAAUCACUGAUUCUCAUGGAAAAGUCCUCAACACUGGCAGCUGCUGUCCAUUUGGGGUUAAAACCGUUACGAGGGAACGGUUUCUUCUGAAUUCGCAUCCAAACGAGGAUAUUCUUCCUUUGGAGUGACAAGGGGAUUGACAUUUUUUGAGGAGCGGAUUGUCCAGCUCUUCUCCUUGGUGUUUGCACUCCAGUCUGUGGUUCCCUCACAACUUCACAGUACUUUGGGACCUGGGGGAAAGCAGUGGCGGCCAGUAGCAGAGGGGAAACAGGACUAAGACUGGAGGACUUUGUUCUGGGCUGUGCAUGCUGCCAAAUGUUGACUCUUGGCAGGAGAAUCAUCAGAGGGGAACUCAUCCGCCAGCUUAGUUGGAUGCUUGCAGGGCUAGCUCUCACUCUCCCUAGCUUUAUUUAGCUGCAACAGUCCUUCUGGCUGGUUAACAGAGAAAGACAUGCUUUGAGCACUGUAGUGCUGGGCAUCUCUCCUCCUCCCUGUUUUGGUUCUGCCCCAGGCUUCCUACUGUAUUGUUUCCCCAUAGGGGCAUCAUCCACACAGCUGUCUAGCUAACCCUAAGGCUUUGGUCAGCAUCCUAACUACCUGUGAGGGAGAAUGACUGGAUUCUGUGGAAGAGAGAGGUCAGAAUUUAAAGGGCCUCUGCCUCAUGAGUCAGAUAAUAUAUACUUUAGAUCUGAGGUUCUAGAAUAACCUAGAACUAUAUUUAACCUAAACACUUACCAUUGUGGGGAUGGAGCUUAUUGGGCAACAGGGGGAGAAUUCUUUGUAAGAGAUGUAGGGCAGGAAACAGGGUAAAAUGGGCUUGGGAGUAGGAAGAGAACCAUAGGCAACCAUUAGUCAAGAUUGGUUGUUAUUCCACUCAAAACAAGUUUCGAGGCUGCUAGUCCACCCAGAUGUGUAGGUCUGGGAUGAGCACUAGACUUGGCCUCCAAAUUCCCUUAAUAUUGGAGCAGACACAGGGUCGUGGAUGAGUGUUCUUGGUCUAUAGAUGCAGUGUUGUCCUUCUGCCAUUUAAGUGUUUCUACUUCCAAGUGACAAUCCUCUCCCUGAUCCUGCCAUGAGUAGAGUACCUCUGGCAUCGUGGCCCAACUCUUAUGCUCUAAUCUUGAGUUGAGAAAAUAUAUGCACAGAAGUCACUCAGAGACAUCUUUAUAUCUGACUGUACAUAAAUGAUUUUUUGUGCAAUAAAGUUUGUUUUGGCAGAAGGA